AGCCUGUGACAUCAUGCUUCUGUUGCCAAUGCUCUCCUCCCUCAGACUACUUUAGUUCCAGCAGAAGAAUUCUCGCCCAGACAGCACUGGACGAUGAGAAGAAGCUGAGAAGCUCCAGUCAUCACACUCUGGGGCUCCGUCCAUCUUCUGCAGGUGAGGACAAGGUCGACCACAAGGACAAUUGAAACAGGAGCUUCCACAUCCUGUUCAUUCCACAGACAAAGUUUCUCCUUUUCGUUGAUUCCUCCUGACCAUGGAUAGAUCCACUCAAGAGCUUUUCCUCAACUUUAUGAUAGUCCUGAUAACAGUACUCCUCAUGUGGCUUCUGGUGAAGUCUUAUCAAGACUGAAAGACUCAUAUUCCUGGAAUCAUGGAAGGAUCUGCUUCUGGUGAAGGAUAAGAAUGCUGUUCCUCAGAAGUGCUUCUCUGUGUGCUCCAAGUUUGAAUGUAGAAAAAAUGUAAUGCAUUUUUUUUUUAAAAAAUCAAAAUACCUCAUUAUAUGUAUCUAACAAUUCAAAUGGAUCUAAGAAAGUGCACGUUAAUUUCUCUUCAAAGCAUGGCAUAAGAGCCGUGAUGGUGCAGUGGUUAGAAUGCAGUAUGACAGGCUACUACUGCUGACUGACAGCUGCCAGUAAUUUGGCAGUUCGAGUCUCACCGGCUCAAAGUUGACUCAGCCUUCUGUCCUUCUGAGGUCAGUAAAAUGAGGAUCCAGAUUGUUGGGGGCAAUAUACUGACUCUGUAAACUGCUUAGAGAGGGCUGUAAAGCUCUGUGAAGAGGUAUAUAAGUCUAAAUGCUAUUGCUAUUGCUAUAAACUCUCUUUUACCAGAAUUUCUUUUUGUAAAUGACAGUUGUAUCUUACUUAGAAUCAUGAUAACAGCUACAAACAUGGCAACUCAUUAAUACAUCAGCUUAUUGUGACUUAGACACUCAUAAAGUCUUCAUUGUUUCAGUUUUAUGUAAUCAUUGGAAAUAUGCUGCUCUACCAUUGUUAUCAUCUGGAUAAAUAAUAACAUUUGAUGCACUUCC